AUGAAUAAGCUGUUGAUGGAGGAGAAUGAUAGACUACAAAAGCAAGUCUCACACUUAGUUUCUGAAAGCAGACAAAUUCGCCAACAAGAUCCGAACAAAGCACUAGCUACAAAAGACACAAGCUGUGAAUCAGUGGUGACGAGUGGUCAACAACAACAACAACAACAACACAUGAGGCCAAGGGAUGCAAGUCCUGCAGGCCUUUUGUCCAUUGCAGAGGAAACUUUAACAGAGUUUCUUUCAAAGGCCACUGGGACUGCGGUUGAGUGGGUCCAGAUGCCUGGAAUGAAGCCUGGUCCGGAUUCCAUUGGAAUCAUAGCAAUUUCUAACAGCUGCACAGGAGUGGCAGCAAGAGCUUGUGGUCUGGUUGGUCUUGAGCCCACGAGGGUUGCAGAAAUCCUCAAGGAUCGGACUUCGUGGUUCCGUGACUGCCGAGCUGUAGAUGUUGUCAAUGUGCUGCCAACUGCCGAUGGUGGAACCAUAGAACUCUUAUACAUGCAGUUCUAUGCGCCAACGACACUGGCCCCUGGUCGUGACUUUUGGCUGUUACGCUAUACCUCCGUCACGGAAGAUGGUAGUUUAGUGGUUUGUGAAAGAUCUCUUAAUAAUACGCAAAAUGGUCCAAGCAUGCCACCUGUGCAGAACUUUGUGAGGGCUGAGAUUUUACCAAGUGGUUACUUAAUUAGACCUUGUGAUGGGGGAGGGUCAAUUAUCCACAUUGUCGAUCACAUGAAUUUGGAGGCAUGGAGUGUUCCUGAAGUACUGCGGCCACUCUACGAGUCUUCAACAAUGUUUGCAUUAAAGGCCACGAUGGCGGCCCUUCGACAACUUAAGCAUAUAGCUCAGGACAUUUCACAGUCUAACGUAGGCAAUUGGGGCCGAAGGCCGGCAGCUUUGCGGGCACUUGGCCACCGACUGAGCAGGGGAUUUAAUGACGCUCUUAAUGGGUUUAACGAUGAGGGUUGGUCGUCGAUAGGCAAUGAUGGCGUGGAUGAUGUGUCAAUUCUUGUAAACCCGAAUCCCGAAAAAUUGGUGGAAUUUAACAUCUACUUUGGAAAUGGUUACACCUCCAUUUGCAAUUCCGUGUUGUGUGCCAAAGCAUCUAUGCUUUUACAGAAUGUUCCUCCACCGAUACUAUUACGAUUUUUGAGGGAGCACAGAUCUGAAUGGGCAGACAACAUUGAUCCUUACUCUGCUGCUGCUAUUAAAAUUGGCCCGUGUAGUUAUUUAGGGACUCGAAUUUGUAACUUUGGUGGUCAAGUUGUCCUUCCAUUGGCUCAAACGAUCGAGCAUGAGGAGCUCCUCGAAGUAAUUAAGCUGGAAGGCAUUAGCAAUUUACCUGAAGAUGUAAUGAUGUCAAGGGACAUAGUCUUCUUGCAGUUGAGUGGUGGAAUGGACGAAAAUGCAGUGGGGACAAGUGCUGAACUCAUAUUUGCUCCGAUUGACGCCUCAUUUUCCGAGGAUGCUCCUCUUUUGCCCUCUGGUUUUCGCAUUAUUCCUCUCAAUUCUGACAAAGAAGCCCCAAGUCCAAAUCUCACUUUGGAUCUUGCAGCAGCACUUGAAACUGGGACAGCUGGCAAUAAAACACCCGAAGGCAGCAGCUCCAUCACAAGGUCUGUCAUGACUAUCGCCUUUCAGUUUGCAUACGAAAGCCACAUGCAAGAUAACGUUGUCCAAAUGGCCCGACAAUAUGUGCGGGGCACUAUAUCAUCUGUGCAAAGAGUGGCAUUGGCUUUAUCUUCGACUCACUUAGGUCCUCAUGCCAGUCUUCGGGCCUCGCUUGGGACUCCUGAGGCACAUACCUUUUCCCGCUGGAUUUGCCAAAGUUACAAGAGCUUUAUGGGGGUUGAGCUUCUCAAGUACGAUGGUGAAAGGACCGAAUCAUCCAUCCUUAAAGCUUUAUGGCAUCAUUCGGAUGCUGUUUUAUGUUGCUCCCUCAAGGAAGUGCCAGUUUUUACGUUUGCAAACCAGGCUGGUCUCGACAUGCUCGAGACAACAUUAGUUGCACUUCAGGACAUAUCUCUUGAAAAAAUAUUUGAUGAUAAUGGGAGGAAAAAUCUGAGCGCAGAGCUUCCUCAGAUAAUGCAUCAGGGUUUCGGAUCUCUUCACGGUGGCGUGUGUUUGUCGAGCAUGAGCCGACCCAUCUCCUACGAGAGAGCAGUAGCAUGGAAAGUUUUGAAUGACAACAAUAGCCCCCAUUGCUUGUGCUUUAUGUUCGUCAAUUGGUCGUUUGUUUAA